CUCGGCUCUGCUCGGCCCAGCUGAUAGGGCUGCCCGGCGCCCCGCUCGGCUCUGCUCCUCCCGGCCGGCCGGAGCGCGACCUCUCGCUCCCCAGCGCCAGGCGGGGGCAAAAGGAGCGGUCGGCCCAGCCGCCUCCGAAGCGGCCCGUUCGUGCGCCGGAGAAGCUUCGCUUCGCUUCUGUCCGGGUGAGCGGAGCCGAGAAAACGGCCAGCGCUCGCCCUCUUCGCGCGCCCGCCCGCUCAGCUUUAACCUCGGCUCGCCCGGCGCCGGGCCCCUAAAGGAGCGUCGCGUUGCAGCUGGAGCGGCGACGAAGCCGGCCUGCCCGCCUGCUGCCUGUGCGCCUUUACCGCCGAGAAAGUUAAUCGUUGCAACAGGCCCGGCGGAGGCAGCGUGGCACCCGCCGCUUCUCGGCCCCCGCCGCUCCGCCUAGGCAGGCGCUCGCUCUUCUAGGCCGCGCUCUUCGGCACUUCCGGAUCGGUGCCGCGAAACCCGCAAGCCGCCUCUCCGGCCCGCUUGCGCGGCACCUGCUGGACCUCGGCGCCUCGCGUGCGCUCCUACGGCUCUUCGCCCUGGAAGGGAUGGUCCCCCGCUGCGGUCGCCGCCCCUGUCGCCGCCACUUUUGGUAAAAGUGCCCGUCGCCCGCGGCGUCCCCACCGCCGAGAACUCUUCCCCCGCGUGCCGAAGCCGCCCUUUCCAGCGAGGACGCACCGCGCCGGCUGAUCCCGCGCCUCUCCAGCAGCGGGGCAUGGAAGUCCACGUCGGGCUGGGCAGGGUCUACGCCCGGCCGCCGGGAAAAACUUUCCGCGGAGCUUUCCAGAGCCUCUUUCAGAGCGUCCGCGAGGCUUUCCAGAGUCCCGGGCCCAGCGGAGCGCGAGAGGAGGCCGGCCCCAGCGGCCAAGCCGCGGGCUCCCCUUCCUCCGUCCAGUGUCCGCCUGGCGCCCGCCUGCAGCAACCGAGCUCGCGACAGCAGCUGCCGCAGCCGCCCGACUCGCCUUCUUACCUGCCCCUGGAGGAGCCUUCCCCGGGCAGCAAAGGGCUCCAGCCGGCCGACCGCGAGCCCCAUCCGCCGGGCGCCACCUCCUCCUCGGCCGCCGCCUCGUCCUUGGCCUUGCUGGCUCCCUCGUUCCAAAACUGUCCCGGGGACCUGAAAGACCUCUUGGCCGAGAGCAGCCUCUUGCCGCCGCCGGAAGGGGAGCCGCGCGGUGCCGGCGGGGCUGCAAGCGGCGGCGGGGGCGAAGCCGCGGCGGCCAAGGAAGACUACUUGGGCGAGAGCGCCAAGGAGCUGUGCAAAGCCGUCUCUGCCUCCAUGGGCCUGGCGGUGGAAGCGCUCGAAGGGCCCGGCGGUGGCGAGGCGGCGGCGAGCCGCGGCGACUGCAUGUUCGCCCUGCCGGGCGCGAAAGCUCGGCCCGUGGCGAUGGGCGGCUGCAAAAUCGUCGAGGCCGGGCAGGAGGGCGGCGGCGAGGGCGCGCUGGCCAUGGACGUGCCCGGCCACCUGAACCUCUACAAGGGCUCGCCGGAGCUGGACGAGCCGCCGGCGGGCACCUUCCAGAGCCGCGACUAUUACAACUUCCAGCUGGCGCUCGCCUCGCACGGCCGCAUCAAGCUGGAGAGCCCGCUGGAGUACGCGGCGGGCAGCAUCUGGGGCGCGCAGUACCGACGCGCCGGGGAAAUGCCCGCCUUGGCGCCCCACUACGGCGCCCCUCCGGGCCCGGGCUGGCAUCCCUUCUUCGCGGAGGAAGCGCAGGUCUACGGCCCGUGCGCGUCGGCCGAGGGCGCCGCCUCGACUCCCUUCGGUUACGGCAGGGGCCAAGGGCCGGCCGGCCAGGAAGGAGGCGACCUGCCCUCCGAGGUGUGGUACCCCGGAGGCGUGAUGAGCAGGAUGCCCUUCGCUUCGGCCACUGGCUGCAUCAAGACGGAGCUCGGACCUUGGAUGGAGGGCUACGCGAGCGCCUACGGAGACGUGAGACUGGAAUCUGGAAGGGACCAUGUUCUGCCUAUUGACUAUUACUUCCCACCACAAAAGACGUGCUUGAUAUGUGGGGAUGAAGCUUCGGGAUGCCACUAUGGAGCUCUGACCUGUGGGAGCUGCAAAGUCUUUUUCAAAAGGGCAGCUGAAGGUAAACAAAAGUACCUCUGUGCCAGCCGAAAUGACUGCACCAUUGAUAAAUUCCGAAGGAAAAACUGUCCCUCCUGUCGCCUGAGAAAAUGCUACGAAGCAGGGAUGACUCUUGGAGCCCGCAAAUUAAAGAAAUUGGGUAACCUGAAGAUGCAAGAAGAAGGGGAGGCAGCUGGGCCAUCCAGCCCCACUGAGGAGCAAACCACAAAAAUGCCCAUAGCACAUAUUGAUGGCCUGGAAUGUCAGCCCAUCUUCCUCAAUGUCCUGGAAGCCAUUGAGCCUGGUGUGGUUUGUGCAGGGCAUGACAAUAACCAGCCUGACUCCUUUGGCUCUCUUCUGACCAGUUUGAAUGAACUUGGAGAGAGGCACCUGGUACAUGUGGUGAAAUGGGCAAAAGCUUUGCCAGGGUUCCGUAACCUGCAUGUAGAUGACCAGAUGGCCAUCAUUCAGUACUCCUGGAUGGGUCUGAUGAUUUUUGCCAUGGGAUGGAGGUCCUUCACCAAUGUGAAUUCCCGGAUGCUUUACUUUGCUCCAGAUUUGGUCUUCAAUGAGUACCGGAUGCACAAAUCCAGAAUGUAUAGCCAAUGUGUCAGGAUGAGGCAUCUCUCUCAAGAAUUUGGAUGGCUUCAGAUUACUCCUCAAGAAUUUCUCUGUAUGAAGGCUCUGCUCCUCUUCAGUAUUAUUCCAGUGGAUGGCCUGAAGAAUCAGAAGUUCUUUGAUGAACUUCGGAUGAACUAUAUCAAGGAGCUUGACCGUAUCAUUGCUUGCAAAAGGAAGAACCCCACAUCUUGCUCACGACGCUUCUAUCAGCUCACAAAGCUCCUGGACUCUGUGCAGCCUAUCGCCAGAGAACUGCACCAGUUUACAUUUGACCUCUUGGUGAAGUCGCACAUGGUGAGUGUCGACUAUCCUGAAAUGAUGGCCGAGAUCAUCUCAGUGCAGGUCCCCAAGAUCCUUUCUGGGAAAGUGAAGCCCAUCUACUUCCACACCCAGUAACAGCAAGCAGCAGAAGGCCUCCUUUCCUGGGGUCUCCGGACUCCUGCAUUGCAGUGCCUUGGAACACUGUGUCUUCGAGGACGCACAGCAACCCUGAAGAACUCUUCGCUGGGCCCCCUUUGAGGUUUUUGCUCUCUGCCCUUCAAACCGGGAGAUCUGCCAGCGUCAGUGGCUCCUUGUGCAUGUGAACUUCAGUCCUCCUCCUUUCAGCCUUGUGGCAUAGUGCCUGGUGGCCCUGGUUGACAUUCUUGUGCUUGUGCAUUCCCUACCAUUGCUUUGGUGGCCCUGGCCAACCAGGAGAAGCAUCAGUUCCAACAAACAUGUACCACUGCUUUUCUGGUGGUUGUCCCUGCUGCUGUCCAUUUUACUCUUUCCCCUUCUUUCUAACCAAUGGCAAGCAGGUUAUUAAAUGUUGGGAUAAGGGAAGAAUUUCAUAUAGGGGGCUGUGUGUGUGUGUGUGUGUGUGUGUGUAGAUAUAGAUAUAGAUCUAUAGGUUCUUUGUUUUUUACCAGUUCUUGCAUCAUCUUUUUCAGCUGGGCUACUCAUCUCUCUUUGAAAAGGUCUGAAGUAUGUCUGAAAAUAGUAAGUGAGAGACAUAAACCUGGUGCCUCAAAGCAGACAGACAGAAUGUAGUUGAUACAAAUGAUUGUAAGACAAGACAGGAAAACAAGGGGAAGCAUGCUGACACAGCUCUGUGGCAUCUGAUAGACUUUGGUUUCGGACAGGGCUUUAUUUGCACAUGCAGUCAGGCUCAAGAUGCCCCAUCGUUGCUCCAACUAUGCACCGACAGCCACCGUGUUCCACCACUCAGACAUUCAGCUUCAUGAAGGUCUCUCUUAAACAGACCUCAGCAUCUGGGCAUUGCCCUUUUGCAGUGGCUACUGUAGAAGGCCAACCUCUCUACACACUCUGAAGAUGCUUGCAGCAGCAGUUCCCUAACACAAAGUGCCCAAUUCAUGCAGUGGUUCUUGUGCCCAUGAGAAUGGCAUGGAGGAGUAAGAAGGGCUGGAAGUUCUGUAACUUUCCCAAUGCCCAGAAACGAUGGGGACUGUUUUUCAGCUACUACUUCUUCAUCUUUCUUCUUCUGUGGACCAUGAGCCAGAAGUAACACUUGCCCAGUGAAUGUGAACACAUUCCAGUUGUGAGCUUUUUCAUCUUUUCAUGAACUGUCUCUCUUGAGGAUACAAACCUUAGUUCUCAGUAGGAUUCAUUCCUGCCCCUACUCCCACCCUAUUCCCAGUCUCUGUUAGCCUCAUCUUAGCUCUGCCUCUCAUUGCAUGUCAUCCAUUUAACUUUCUAGAGACUUCCUUGGAUUACUUGCCUUUUCACUGUAUAGCAGGGGACUGUCAGAAAUCAUGCAAAUCAGCAAGCCCUCAUGGGAAUAUCCAUCACAUGUCCUAGCUCAUCCCAGGACAAUUUUUUAAAAAUAAUUAACAUUGGUUCCUUGUAACAUUGGUUCCUUUUUCUGCACUGCAAGAAAAACAUAGAUGGAACGCUUUUCCCUUUCUGUAAUUUCUGUUAAACUGUAGGAGAGACUGCAUUUUCCAAGAAGAUAACGGAACCAUCAUCCCAAAAUUAAAGCUCUUUUUUAUGGAAAAAGAAGUCCAUUUUUCUAAUCCAGCUGUACUAUUGUAUCAUUUACCAUGAAAUCCCAUGAGAUGGUACGUAAAGAUUCAAAGAAGCCAUCUUGGUGGGUUAGGUUUUUUCCAGAAAGAAAUACAUAUGGGCAUUUUUGCUGAAGGGGAAUUUCAGAUAAUGUCCUUGGAUACUACAAGUGAAUGUGUGAAAAGUCCAUCGGCUGUAAUGAGAAUGUUAUCUUGAUUUAUUCUCCUGUUAGGUACCUCUUUUUAGCACAAAGUGACAUCUGAAAAUAACAAAGAUGGAAUUAGGAUCAAGCAUUUGGAAAGCUGUAUGGGCAUUGUGAUGCCAUGCUCCGUUCGUCAUCUGCUAUGACUUCAAGAUGUCAUGCUCUGAGUUUAAAGCUUGCCCACCUUGGGUCAUUUUGAUCUGACGCUUAUGUUCAUUAAUAGCCUGGCCACUUUUGUGUCUCUGGUGGAUCCUGCACACCCCAGGCUUCAGCUAAAGCAAAAACCAACGUUACAGGUCUAGCGAUGCAGAGUUAAGAUGACCAAUGUUUGGUUUCAUCUCCUGAGAAACAAGAACAAUGAAACAGCAAUACACUGAAUUAGCUGAUGCUUUUGAGUGAUGCUGUCCAUUGCAUUGCUAAAAUAAAUCUAAUAUUUUGGCUGCUUUUUCGUUUUUGGACUGUUCAGGAACAGUAAUUGGAAGGAACUGUUGAGUCAGAAAUACGUUCCUGUUUCCUGCAUGUGGUUUCCCCCUCUCCCUCUCAUUCCUUACAGCAAUGUUGACAAUGCUAUGAAUGUUUGGGCUUGCCUGAAUCUUGUUCAUGCUACCUCAAGAGAUUUUUUAAAGUCACAAUGAAGCUCUUUUUAAAACGAGAAUCUACAUUUUGGAUGCUUAGUUUGAAAACGUCCUCCUCCCACAUACAGCAAAGCUGAUGAAUUGCCCUCUUAAUUAUCCCUCCCUUUAGACUCAAUAUAGGUUCAUUAUUCAUUUUAGAAGUAUUGUAUCAGGAGCCCCUAUGAAUGAAAGAGUGAGAAUAACACCAUCAAAAGUUGUGCAGAAAUCCUGAAAGCAGUUCUGUAGUUCAAACACCCAAACCGUUCAGAAAAAUCCACUUGUGAUCAGUUAGAAGUACAGUCUGUUGACUCAGGUUCCCUCACUGCAUUGUCCUUGUGAUGUACCUUCCACAGAGCUGGCUGUGGGGAAUUGUGUCUGUGGCGUUCCAGUAUAAAUGCCUGUGUUUCUAUAGCUUGGCUUCAAGAUAUUUUUCUCCCCACAUUCAAAUCUUCUGAAGAUCUUCUUGGCAUUCAAGAGCAAUGUGCAUCCUUCAUGCCAAGCUUCUGCAAAAUGGCAGAGCAUUCCUCCUCUGACAUCUUCAAGAUCCACCUGCAACCAAAGUGCCACCUGGUAUGCCUCUGUGAUCUAGAAUGGCCGCUUCAUGUUUUUGGUAUCACGGUGAACUUGCUAGUCCUUCAGGCUCCCCAGGAGUACUCAUUUGCUGUUGCUGUGACCUGUCACCCAGCAGCUCCUUCAUGAUUUCUCAUCCGUCUCAUCAACGUCAAGCAGUGCCGCCUGGUGACCUCUUGCCUUGAGCCUGAGCAGCCAUCUUUCUAUGUGCAUCAGAGCCCAGGAGAAGCUUUGUCUUCUGACUGUUUCUGGAAAAUCCCUUCAAAACUUUUUUAAUGAAUGCCGUGUAAAUAUUGGAGAGUGGAUUAGUGGGGGCUGGGAGUUAAAUAUUUACUUUCUUCAGUUUAUUUACGGUGGACUACUGCUGCAGCAGUAAAAGGGAAAGGGGGAAAAGAAGCUUGUGAAUUACGAAAAGCAUUUACAAAAUCAUAGCCAUCAGUCAAUAUUUUUAGUAUGUGUUUUAUGCAUUAAAAUUAUUAUGCAUUUUUUAAAGCGUACUUACUGCUUGAGUACGUUCUGUUCUGCCAUAUGAAAAUUGCCUUUUGUGACGCAAGAAGUCAUUUGCCAGACCCAAAUCACUCUAAAAACUGCACAGGAUUGUAAACGGCCUGACAAAAGUGGGGGAAUGCAGGGCCUUCAGCCCCUUCCGUCUCUGGUCCCCAGUCAGCAGCUGCUGCAUCCUGCUCCUCCACGCUUGAUGGUGUCCACUGGGGCAUAUUGGCCUUGUUCAUUUGGCAUUUGGGAAAAAAGAGGGAGGCCAUUAAUUGAAAGAAAUGCCCAGUCCCAUUUUGCAACAAAGGGUCUUGUGUGUUUGGCUCUAGAGAACAUCACAAUUCUGAUGACAAUAUCAGAUUUGGGAUUUAUUGUAUUUUAUUUUUGAUGUGGGAUGUAUGUGCUUAAGAAUCCUAGACUUUCUGUACUUAAAGAUGCCUUAUAUGUAUGUUUUCCUGUUUUCUUUUAGAAAAACAUUUUCCGAUUCUCUCCCUUAGUUAUUACUGGAAUUCUGAGAGUUAUCUUUUGUCUGGAGCACCUUGUAAAAGCUUAAGCUAUUUCUGUGUUCACUUGCUGCAAUUUUGACCGAAAGAAUGUGUUGGUAGUGUAAUUACCAAAGAAUGUUAUUUAAAAUGGAAAAAAGAGAUUUCUGAUCAGUUUGACAAGUCACCCUCUUGCUCUGGGGGAAAUGGACCCUUCUCUGCACCCUGGUAAGCAUUUUCUGCCAUGCUGUUGGGAUGGAGGGCCUGUGAGAUUAUCUGAGAAAGAUGUUUGAAAAGCAUUGAAAUCUGAUUGUAUAAUUGUAUUUACUGACAUGCUGAUCUGAGCAGCCAGUUACAAUCUAGGACAGAGGGUCUCUCUUGUGGGUGGGUAGCACAUUGGUUACAUUAUUUGCACUGGGGGGAGCAAUGUCCUAAUUCUGCUCCCAUUUGGUAGCACUGAAAGUUCUCUGUGGACACAGCUCCUCAGAGGGUGGAAGGAAAAUGUUUUACUGGAGAGCACAGCCUCAAUUUGAGGUGUGUACAAGGGUUGGAAGGAUAAAGAGUGUGUGCUAUUUCAAUAGCAAGCUACGGAACAUCUGUUUCCCUUCACUCUGCAGCCUGCCCCUCUACCUGUGAGGAUACUGUGCCUUGCAAGUAAAACACAGGUGUCUUGAACAGGUGGAGGGAGAAGGGUCGUAUCUAUAGCCAGGAGAGGCCAUUGGCUUUGCCUCUCUUGCUGGAAAGGAGCCAGCAGUCCAGGGCCUUGGAGUUCACCAGAGGGGACGCAAGGGAGGACCUUCAAGAGUCAGGAAAGAGACAAGUGCACACCUUUCUGUAUUAUAUGGCUUUCAUUUUUAGCAGAGGUAUACCGUUUUUCCCUCACCCCUUGCAUUUAAUGUGUAGGAAGGGGAGGGGGCUCAAGGGAUUGGACUGCUGUCCUUGUUUGGAGAGCCCGGGGGAGGGGGGAUAUUCUUUUUCUUCAAGCCUAGGUGAAGCCAGAAAUAAUUCUAUAAAGAUUGUGGCACUUUUUAAAAAAUGUUAUAUUUGUUAAUCUGCUUGUGUAUUUUUUUAAAUUAAAACUUUGCAUAUGUAGAAUGUUAUUGUUAGAUGAGAUCAUCCGAAUGGCUGUACAUUAGAGUUGUGUGUGUGU